AUGGCAACGACACAGCACUAUCUGUGGGCAUCCGGCCACUUCCUCCUUCUCCUUGCAUCUCUGCGAUAUAUUCUUGCAUGGGUCACCUUCAAGUCUGUCUCUGCGUGGUGGUACAAAGCCAGCUUCACGGGGGCCCUUAUCAGUUAUGCCAUUGUGUGCAACAAAUCGCUGGGGACUCCCCAGCCGAAUAUCGCAUACUUUAGGCGCGCCUUACUCGACGAGAACGUCCAAUACUUCCUCCUCGCCUUCUUCUGGUGGACUUCGAAACCUAUCACCAUUACGCUCCUGCCCUACAUGAUCUUCUCUCUGUUCCAUGCGCUGACCUUCACCCGCACAACUCUGAUGCCCCAAUUCCUCCCCCCGGCGCCUCCCGCUACUGCCGGUGGAGCGCCUCAACCUCAUCCAUUCGCGAAGAAGCUCCAAGUCUGGAUUAAAUCCAACUACGACACCGCGAUGAAGGUCGUCGCCUAUACCGAGCUCGUCAUCUUCAUCCGUGUGACCCUCGGUGCAAUCACCUUCCAAAACUCGCUGAUUUCGCCCAUCAUCUACGCGCACUUCCUCCGCCAGCGAUACUAUCAGUCAGCGUUCACGCGUGACGCUUUGGCUGAAACUUCGAGCCGCAUCGACGCGCUCGUGCGCAAGCCCGGCAACCCGCCAGUCCUCCUACAGGUGUGGGACAAGGUGCAGAUGGUCACGAGGCGCUGGGCGGGCGUCGCGCUCACUCCCAAUGCUGGUGUUCCCCAGAAUAACGAAGGACGAUGA